AUGAACACCCGCCUUCUAUACCGCAUCCUUUACGAGAUCUUCUUCACCAUUCUAAACAUCGUCCUACUUGGCCUCUUGAUUAUCACACCUGCCGAUGCCAUCAGACAAGCGCUCGACAACAAUCAGCUUUACAAUGUAUUUGUUAUUGCGGGGGCCUACUUCGUCACCGUUGUCCUCGCGAUCCUUAUAUAUGCAUCAAGACUGUGGACGAGUAAUACAGUGCUGAAAGCGAUACCGAAGACAUACAUUCCUGUGGAGAAGGGCGAUGUGGGCGAGAAUGUCAGGAAGAUGAUCGCUGGCGGUCUCAAUAGAAGCGCUGCCAUCGCAUGGGAUUCUCGACCUCGUGUCGACUCACCAUUGACGACCGUGAUAUCGGAGCCAGAAACAAAAGACCCUAUUGCUAGAGCUUCCGAGCCCAAGAAAGAGGGUAAGAGGCAUGGAAUACUUCAUAAACACCGGCCUCAAGCAGAGAAAGAUGAGCAGACAGUAGAGAUACCUCCUCACAGACCUGUCUGGGGGGAGAUAGAGCACAAUGGCUGGUCGUCACCUUUAUCGCCAGAUUUUCCAAACUUGGAAUACAUCAGUGUCAUUCUCGAACUUCCACAUCUUAUUGAAGCAAGAGCUGUGUCUCUAGCACCUUCAGAUCCAGAAUCUACGUCCGAUCCCCCAUUGCCAGAUAUUCGAGCAGUAGAUGUCCUACAAAGACCUCUUUCAAUGGGCCUCCGCGACUACGUAGGACACCUUAUUAGUGUUGAGGUCAUUACAUCGCCCUCCACAGCCACCGAUUUCCUGGCUGCAUAUGAAUACGCACGCUUCUCAGGUCAACCCCUUAAUGAAGCCCAGUUUCGGGACCUCAUGAGACUCUUUACCGAGUUGCUCCAUAGCAUGCAACCGCUUAACCCAGCUCUACUCGCAGAUCUCGACAUUUAUCAAGAAAGCGACAUCGACGAUGACAAUUCCUCGAGCACCACCCCACGCAGUCGGUCCACGGUCUCUAUUUAUAGCUCUAGUACUCGUAGUGGUAGCGAAGGUACUAUUCGCACAGCUCUUUCUCGACCAGUCGGCAGAAGCCGCACUUCGACAACGAGGACAUUCUCCGAAUUCAGCGCAGCUCCCGCGACUCCCAGCAGCAGGAAGAGGGUCAACCUCAGGUCAGCGAGUGGCAAUAGCUUUGCGCAGAGCAGUAAACAUUAUGCUGGCAGUGGCGCUUCGAGCGAGAGUCUGCAGUCCUCGAGUCAGGGGAGCGUGAUUAGGUUAAAUCCAUCGCACGAAGAGGGGGAAUUGCCCUAUAUUCUCACAAUACCGCGAGCGCCGUAA